CUUCUGCAGUACAACAAAACAUCUUUUCAAAACUCCUUCAAUCUCAUACCAAUCAUGCGUUUCAACAAUUUCUUCGCCCCCAUUGGAUUAAUGGCUCUGCUGCCAGCCCUUCCUCUAGUGAUGGCCGAUGACUGCAAAAUCGAUCCGCCACCAACUAAGAAAUAUGACAUUGAUAUCAACUUCUGUUUUUAUCACGACUAUGGCAUAGUCGACGUCCGACUUGAGAUUCCAGGCGCUAAUCUCAAGCCUGACCACGUAGAGCUUCCCGCUCAUGUCAAGGCAAACGCUAGUCCAAUUCAUUUAGACGAGACAUAUGAAGUCGACGUUUACUUUAAAAAUGAUUGGACAAGGGCCCAUCGCUGGGAAGCAAGCAUUCCUAUCGUUGGACCUACGCUAUAUGUUGACUUAGAAACUCGAAUUGUUCGUUCAAAUUGCAAACUUGGGUUGAAACUUCACAUAACAGGCACGGGUAUCUUGGGAAGGCUGGAUGAAAGCAUCAACUUAACCGAACUUGACCAAGACGGUAUCAAGUUCCUCGCACAGAGUAUGGGCUUGUGUUCGACAGAAUGAUUGGCGGGUGUCACUGCCGCUGAUUAUUUUGUUGAAGGCACUGUUCAGGCUGAAAAGGGGGUUGAGGGACCUAGACUCUAGUCUAUUUUGCAUUUAUCUCUAGGUAUUCAACAUACCACUCUUCCGCCUCCUAUGCAUAUUAUUUGAAUUGAACAAAUUCUUUCUCAAUAUCAGUACUAUUUCUUCCUUAUUAG